UGAUUGGCUGUGAGGGCUGCAGGCUGACCUGGCCUUUUUGCUGUACCGGAGUUGCAGUAGCUCCCUGUCCAUGUGACGACAUGUUUUCCCUGAAGAAGUGGAACGCGGUGGCGAUGUGGAGCUGGGACGUGGAGUGCGAUACGUGCGCCAUUUGCCGGGUGCAGGUCAUGGAUGCCUGUCUGCGCUGUCAAGCUGAGAACAAGCAGGAGGAUUGUGUAGUGGUUUGGGGAGAAUGUAACCACUCUUUUCACAACUGCUGCAUGUCCCUGUGGGUGAAACAGAACAACCGAUGCCCACUGUGUCAACAGGACUGGGUGGUACAGAGAAUAGGCAAAUAAUCCACGUUGGAUCCCAUGGACUGCUGUGCUUCCCCUGAAGAAUGUCGUGGCUCAGGAGUUCAUCUUCGGGAAUUUUUGCAGGCUUGUCUUUAAAGCAGCGUUCUGGUGUCCAGUCUUUACUACUUGUGUGUAUGAAAUUGUAUGCACUAAAUCGUCUGUCUACCAUCGGCACACUUAACCUCAGUAGCAAACAUAAUGAUUGGGGAUUAUUGGUGCCAGUGUAAAGUGACUAUUUAGCCCCUUCUAAAGGAAUGCCAUGGGGUGUCCUGUCCUGCAAUGAACUGGUUGAAGAGAAAUUGCUGUGUAUAAAUAAAUAGUAUUACUGUGUUCCUGCAUCCAAAAUUCAAGCUAUUGGGAUGUUUUGUUUGUUUUGAAUAAAGUUAUUUUGAGUUCCGCA